AUGAAUGAAAAUAAUAUAAAAGGUUUAAAAGAAAAUGAAAAAGUAAAUAUUAUUUUUAUAUUUGUAGGACAAGGUAUUCAUUGGAGUGGUAUGUCGAAAGAAUUAUAUGAAAAUGAAAUUAUCUUUAGAAAUGAAAUGGAUAGAGUUGAUAAUUGGUUGAAUGAAAAAUAUUUUGGAUAUUCAAUGAUUGAAAAAUUAAGAAAUAUUGAUGAUAAAAACAGUGAAGAGUUAAGUGAACAAUGUUUAUCUCAUUCAAUUUUAUUCAUGUUUCAAAUUUCAUUAUUUAAAUUAUUAAAACAUUAUGGUAUUAAACCAAAUUAUAAUUUUGGAAUUAGUUGUGGUGAAAUUGCAUCUUCAUAUUGUUCUGGUUUACUAGAUUUUGAAAGUGCUUGUUAUAUUUUAUAUAAUAGAUCAAUCCUACAAAAGAAAACAAUUAAAUUAUCUUUGAAUGAAAAUAAUAAUUAUAAUAAUAUUAUUGAUAAUUGCAUUUAUAAUAUUAAUAAAUUUGAAAAUGGAUUAUGUAAAAUUAAUAUUACAGAAAAAGAAUUUAAUGAAAAUUAUUUAAAAAAGUAUAAAAAUAUUGAAAUUGCAAUUUAUUGUGAUGAUAAUUCUAUAAUGGUUGGUGGUAAAAAUAGUGAUUUAUUAAAAUUAUCAAAUGAAAUUUCAAAUGCUGGUAUUUUUGCUAAAAUGAUACCAGUACCAACAUCAUUUCAUACUUCUUCACAAGAUAUCGUUAAAAAUGAAAUAAUGAAUUUAAAAUUUAAUUAUUUAAAAAAUCCAAUUUCUUUAUUUUCUUCAUCAAAUUCCAAUAUAGUACCAAUGAUGUCAUGUGUGAAUUGUAAAUUUUUCAAUGUUUUAAAUAACAAUCAAGAUAAUGAUGUUAUUGUUGUUCCUGUUAAUAAUGUUAUUAGUAACCAACAGAAUAAUAAUAAUAAUAAUAAUAAUAAUAAUAAUAAUAAUAAUAAUAAUAAUAAUAAUAAUAAUAAUAAUUUAUUUUUAUUUGAUAAUGAGUAUCUUUUUCAAAAUAUUAGAGCUCCAGUUAAAUAUAAUCAAUCAAUUAAAAGUUUAUUUAAUCAUAUUGAAAAUAAUAAUUUAGGUGAAAAAGUAGUUUUUGUUGAAAUUUCUCCAACCACAGUAUUAAUUAAUCAUAUUUUGGAUAUAAUUCCAAAAAACGAUUAUUUUAAAAAUGAAUCAAUUUUAUUAUUAUGUCCACUCUCAAAAGGUAAAUCUGAUACUACAACAUUCUUUGAUUCAAUUGAAAAAUUUAAAAACUUUAAAAUAAUAUAA